AUGUCUUUCCUUCAUGGUGUUCUUGGUAACAUUCAGCCUAAAUUAGGCUUACAUAAAGAUGAAAUUAAUAAUGCAAUUACAUCUCUUAAUCUUCACAAACACUCUGGCAAAGAAGGUUUUAAUGCUGCGAUUGUCAAGGUGGCGGAGGGGGUGAACAGGUAUAAUGAGGGUGUGAGGGCGUCGAACAAAAAGGUCGGAGAAGAGUUCAAGAAAAAGGUGAGUGAUGUAUUGAAAAAUGAUGUUGUUGCAGGUGACGCCAACAAGAAAAUCCAGGAAGCCAAGUGGCACGUGGACAAGAGACUGGAAGAAUGUCAAUCACACGUAAAGACGUUCAAUGAAACAUUGAAUGUCGAUAAGCACACAGAUAUUAAACAAGCGAUUAAUGACUUAAAUCCCACUUUAGCACUUAGAGUUAACAACGCAUUGAAGGCGGUGAGCCAUGAGAGUGACAGGCUUAAGGCCUUGUCAGAUAAGCAGAAAAAUGACUUGCAGGCCACGACGGAGAAGAUAACAGAGGUUAUGAAGGAGCACGGAAAGGAAGUUAAUUGCAAGGUAACAGAGCAAGUAAGGGUGCUCGUGGAUUACUUGAAGGGGAAGGUUGAAGAGAUUUUGAAAAUGCUUGAAGGCAUUAAUAAGCGGCUGCAGGACUAUGUUGCCGAAUUGGGAAGAUGGUUUGAGAAAGCAAAUGAUGCCAUUAAAGUGGCGGAGAAGAAGGUUGAAGCCAUAUUAAACCAGGUUAACGGUUCGAGUAAGAAUGCUUUCGAAACCGCCGCCACACUGGUUCAGUCGGCGGCAGAACAGAUGGGUGAAGCUGUGGAGCAGGCUAAGAAGAAAGUUGCGGAAGACGUUGCAGCGGCGCUUAAGGAAGUGAAGGAUGUGAACGAUUAUCUUAGGUAUGAUUUAACUGAUGUGAAAUUGCAAGUGUUGACCGGUAUUCGGACAUAUGUAAAAAACAACUUACUAGAGACAAUUAAUAAGGAAGUGGUCGCUAUUAAGGGAAAGAACGUCAUGGGAGAGAAAAAAGGUCUUGAGGGGAUUGAGAGUGGAGUGAAGGAAUAUGUUAAUGCGUAUGGCGAUGGGUUUGAGAAGACAGUAGCGGAGUGGAUAAAAGAUAUGCUGGGAAGAAAGCCUGUCAGUUUUAAUAUUACGUCCUAUUUAGGUGGAGAUACAAAUCGGUUUAAGCCAGAGCAUCGGGAUGGGAAGACCCUUGAGGAAGAGGUUAAGAAGACUAUAAGUACUCAAAUCUCUAAGGAACUUGUCAAAAAUGUGACACCAAUGGACAAAAGCAAAACAACAGUUCAUGAAAAUCUGGAUGCCGUUAAAACGUUUCUCACAACGUUCGCCAGUCACGUUGACUCAAAGUUCGAUAGUAUAUCUGAAAUCGUUGGUACCAUACAGACUACGCUGUUGACAAAUCCAGAUGCGUCUCCUAACCACAAAUCUGAAAUAGACAAGGCGCUCCGUGUAAUUCUCCCCGCUGUUGCGGCUGCGGCUAGGCAGGCUGCGAAAAUGCUUGAAUCUGUCGCACUCGAUAAAACGGUUGGUACUAACAAAACUAGUAUUGCGCAAGAAUUAGACACUGCGCAUCAAAAUACAAAUGCGCUCGUACAGAAGCUUUUACAGGUAAUUAAACAGCAAAUCGCCGGUGCCGGAGUUACCGACCCCUAUGAUGUUAUUGGGCAAAUUAAUAGCGUACUGAAUGGUAACAUUGGACAGGAUGAUAAUACACGUGGCGCUACGAAAAUCACACUUUCAAGACUUUUCACUAAUUAUAGUCAACGCAUUAAACUAACUGUAGAUACGAAACAAAAGCUAGACGGCGCUGAAGACGAAUCCGAAGGCACCCUCCCAAAGGCCAUAGGAGAUAUCCACCGUGAGCUCACCAAAGCCUUGUUACCAAUCGACCAGGCGUACGCUACCCUCUUUCUUCAGGUAUCCGACAUUAACUCCAGCGUCAGCCAGCUAUGCCAUGCUAUCAACGAGGCGGCGGGGAGGGAUCCGAAGGAUCCCCAAUACAAGGACAGUAUCAAGAAAAGAUUAAGCGACUUGAAAGCUUUGAUUAAUGAUGACGUCGCUACUAUCAACGGCAAGAAACACAAGGGUCUGAGCAAAAUCCACGCCGAACUUAGCGAAUUGCGGAGUAGCUUGAUGAACGGUCCCAUCAAAAAGGCCCAGGACUUCAUCCGAAAAGAAGUCAGUACUAUCAAGCUACAAACACUCACAUGUAUCCACAAAUAUGUCGAUCAAAAGGUCACAGAAGCGGAAAACGCUCUCACCGCUCAGGCACAGAAGCAAUAUGUGACGUCCAUUCAGGCGAUGCUCAAAGCGUUCUGCGACAAAGUCGAGAAGGAUCUGCAUGGCCUCCCGGAAGAAAUUGCUGCGGACCUAGAAAAAGGACACAAAAAAUUCAUGAAGUUAUUUGAAGAUAAUUUCGUCAAUGAAGUGAAAGGCAUUGAAAGUAUUAUCCCCAAGUCGGCAUCGGAAACAGAAUCCCCAGUGAGCAAGGCAGCAAAUAUAUUCAAAGCGGGCUUCACGGAAUUGUUCAAGAUUUUUAAAGGGAACGCAGACUUCAAGUCUGACUACGGCGUAAUUAGACCUUCGAAUGAGGGUCUCUUUAAAGUGCUCAAUAGUAUUAUAGGUUCACUACAUUUUAACCGUGAUCUUGCAGAUGGUUUAGAUUUCUUUAGAAACAAGCUCAGCACAUUAAACCCAAAGACGUUCGGCGACGGCGACCACCCAUGGCUGCUGGAGUCAUUUAGAAAGGGCUUUUCCUCCCUUGUCUCCGAACUCCAGAAAGCGUACGUCUCGACAUACUCCCAGCAGAAAAUUAACUGGGAUAAGUCAAAAGACGAAGAGAAAGAAAAGUACGCAAAAAUCUGCUUGACCCUUACGCCAAUAUUAUAUCAAGAAUUAGGUGAACUACAAAAAGGCCUUGAAAAUGGUUGGGAGAAUUACAAAAUUUAUAACUCUUCUAACUCCAAUCAUAGUCUGCAUAAAUUGUUCUUCUCAGACAACGGGUAUGACGUCGGCCGCCCGGCUGCAAGCCCGCAUGGCGAACUGAAUCACAGAAAAGAUUUCAAUGGUGAUGAUAUUCUUACUCAUCUUAAUAAGGACACUUAUAAGUUGUUUCAUACUACUACACAGUCACUCCCUUCUUUGUCACUCCGUUCUGGUGACCAAGACAUACCCGUUGAACAGGACGAGGAGGAUGGUGUAAUCCAUACGCUUCGUGAUUACCUCAAUAAAUACUUCGGCGUCUGUCACUUAUAUCACAUUGACAAGCCUAGGUCACCGUGUAGCAUCUAUGACAUGUCCCUAUGGCUGUCCGGCCUCCCGCAUAAUCCUGUUUAUGGCAAACUUAAGCAGCAGAUUAAGACGAUGUUCGAGGUGCCGGAUGAGAAUAAUCCGUCUAACAAGAUUGUGAAGCCUAUGAAUGCCUAUCCAAAACCAUUCUCACAUGAGCACAUACACGAGGCACUUAAAGAAGUUACAGCACACGCGUACUCACUGCUGACUGGCGUACUCGGGCAUGGUGAUGCUGAAACGUUUUAUGCGUGUGAUUUCCCCACCAACUCCCUUAGCUUGAAGUAUCCAUCCUCCGGCGCGGAGUGUCUCGACAUGUUGCUUGAUAUACUACGACGGAUGUUCCCCGUCCUUACAUUCUUGCAUACUAAGUGUGGUCUACGUGAUAAGCACGGUGGAUGGCGUGACUGCUACUACGGCAAGUAUAUCAGGUCAACCAAAUUCUCGUGCAACGAGCAUGUUACCGAUAAACCAACGUGCCAACCAAACUGCCAGGCAAACAGCAAAGCAAAUUGCCAACCUACGUCGCCACUUAUGUCUUACUUAAACGACAGUUUACAUGGUCAUUUGCCUCAUGAUGUAACCUCUGUUGGCUGCAAGUCAUCGUGCAACACUUGCCCCAAAUCUCCGCCUGGAAUGCCGUGUCUCCCUCCCCUCGGCUUCAGAGCAUUCUCGAACAGUACUCAUAAAGGUAAAGACUUGUGUGAAGUGCUAACCAAAUUCUUUGACAACGGCAAACUCAACACCCUGUUCAACCUUGUACCCAAGGCGCCAAGUACAUUGCCUGAACACUUGGGAUUUGUGUUAUCGCUUGUCAAUGGCUGGGCUGGCAGUGCCGAGAAACAUCGCAAGACAGGUCUACAAAACGAAAUUGAGAAGAAAAUCAUGGAUGUCUCAAUUGAGCUGUAUAAGAAGCCUGUCGAUCUUACAGAUGCACUGCGUAAUGCGUAUGGUAGUAGUCAGAGUGGGCAUGAUGCCAAGAAGCAUCUUCCUGCUCAUGCUGACGUGUCAAGUGUUGCAAUGACGACCGUAUGCCGGGAGAAAAAAGUAAAGCUUCACUGCGCUCCGUAUAUGUCGUCACUCUGCGGAGGUUACUACACGUGUCUGCCAUUUAAGCAUUCCAGCACAUACCUCUCCUGGGCCAUCUACCUCCCAUGGACAUUCUGGGAUCUACUCAACAAUUUAUAUAAUGCGUUCUGUGGUAUCACUUGUGCAGAUUGGGGAUGCCGUGGAUGUCUCAGAGGAGACAAGUGCAAGAGUGGCAAGCAUGGCGUCGUUGAAGAUGAGAAGAAAGCAGAUGUCACAUGUCAGUGCACUUCCAUAGUAGCCUGCAGAGGCGUAGCACCGACGCUCUACCAGUAUGGAUUCAGCUUCGGCGAGGCGUCGACGUUGAAUAGUGGUAGCUCAGCGAAGAAGUGUAAGGAUUUCUGCAGUCAGUUGAGGAAGGUGUUACAUUCUGAUUAUUUUGAGAAACUGUUCGAGGAAUGCGACAAUUUCCUAAAAGAAAUCAGAUGGCCAUUUAUGCUAACGUUGUUAGCCCUCUGGUCGCUGUCGCUCCUGUACCUGGCGCACAUCGCCGUCGUCCGCCUCGACGUCCUGAGGAUACGCUCCCACCUGAGAUCACCCUCAAGCCACCGCAUCGCCGCCCAGUCCCUCCUCGCCGCCGCACGCGUCAAGGCACUCGCCAACGUCAAGUACUUCUCACCGUAA